GAGGAGCGUCCUCGGAGGUGACGUCACGGCCCGACCGGCCCGAGUGUUUACCGCGCGGCCUCGAGCCAGUCGCGAGCGCGGCGAAGUAGCGAGAGGAGCCUUAAAGGGGCCGCGCUUGCCUCUCGCCCCGGGGGGAGGCCCGUCCUCGGCCUGCUGCGGGAGCCCCGACGCUUAGCGACGGGCAUGCUGGCUCCAGCCGCCCCCACCUGCUGCUCUUCCUCCUCCGUCCCCGUCAGCCGCUGCCGCCGCCCGCCUGCCGGGCUGGGGCCAUGCUAGGCCCGCAGGGGGCGCCCCGUCUUCUCCUGCCGCCGCUGCUGCUCCUGCUCUUGCCCGGGUCGGAGGCGGCGGCCGGCAAGAAGACCGUAGUGCAGAAGGAGGCCGACUUCGACAAGCCCUACACGGACGCCGUCAACGGCGAGCUGCUCAACAUCUACGCCUUCAACCACACCGUCACCAGGAACGCGACAGAGGGAGUCCGGGUGUCGGUGAACGUGCUCUCAGAGCUGAAGGAGACGCCGGUGCUCUUUGUGGUCAGGCAGAAGGAGGCCGUGGUGUCGUUCCAGGUGCCGUUAAUCCUCAGGGGCCUGUACCAGCGGAAGUACCUCUACCAAGAUGUCAGCCGCACACUGUGCCAGCCUCAGACCAAGAGCGAGGUGGAGAUGCAGUUCUUCUACGUGGAUGUUUCCACGCUCUCCGUGAGCAACGCCUCCUACCAGCUGCAGGUCACUCGUGUGGAUAACUUUGUGCUCAGGACCAAUGAGCACUUCACCUUCAAUGCCACGGCAGCGCAGCCACAGUAUUUCAAGUAUGAGUUCCCGGAGGGUGUAGACUCUGUGAUAGUGAAGGUGACCUCUGCCAUGGCCUUCCCCUGUUCUGUCAUUUCCAUCCAGGACAUCUUGUGCCCUGUCUACGACCUGGACAACAAUGUGGCCUUCAUCGGCAUGUACCAGACCAUGACCAAGAAGGCAGCCAUCACUGUGCAGAAGAAGGAUUUCCCCAGCCACAGUUUCUACGUGGUGGUUGUGGUGAAGACAGAAGACCAAGCUUGUGGUGGGCCGCUGCAUUACUACCCCUUUUCCAAAGACGAACCUGUUGACCAAGGCAACCGCCAGAAGACCCUGGACGUGGUGGUAUCGCCAGCAGUCACUUCACAGGCCUAUGUGAGCGGGAUGUUGUUCUGCCUUGGGGUUUUCCUCUCCUUCUAUGUCCUGACGGUCCUCAUCGCCUGCUGGGAGAACUGGAGGCAACAGAAGAAGAAGCAACUGGGACUGUUGUCUGCCAUAGAAACACCCAGUACUGAAACUGCUUCUCUCCUUGGGCAUCCCCACAUCACCCCAGACUCCUUCCUGGGGCGCCAGCCUUACAACGGCUACAGUUAUGGUUCCUUUGACAACGGUUCUACGGCCAGCACAGAAAAUGUCACCGACAGCCUGCUGUCCACAGAAGCAUCCUACAGUUACACAGGGCAGGAUACCUGUCAGCACCGCCAGAGACACUGGGCCAUUGCAAUGGAUCGCUCCCUUGAGAACAUGGCGGGGCGGCCACGGCUCGACUCGCUCAGCUCCGUGGAGGAAGACGACUACGACACGCUGGCCGACAUCGACUCGGACAAGAACGUCAUCCGCACCAAGCAAUACCUGUAUGUGGCGGAUCUGGCCCGCAAGGACAAGCGGGUGCUGCGGAAGAAAUACCAGAUUUACUUCUGGAACAUAGCCACCAUCGCCGUCUUCUACGCUCUGCCCGUCAUUCAGCUGGUCAUUACCUAUCAGACCGUGGUGAACGUCACCGGAAACCAAGACAUUUGCUACUAUAACUUCCUGUGCGCCCACCCGCUGGGCAAUCUCAGCGCCUUCAACAACAUCCUCAGCAACAUGGGCUACAUCCUGCUGGGGCUGCUCUUCCUGCUCAUCAUCCUGCAGCGCGAGAUCAACUACAACCGGGCACUGAUGCGCAACGACCUGCAAGCUGUGGAAUGUGGCAUCCCUAAGCACUUUGGCCUCUUCUACGCCAUGGGCACUGCCCUCAUGAUGGAGGGGCUGCUCAGCGCCUGCUACCACGUCUGCCCCAACUACACGAACUUCCAGUUUGAUACCUCUUUCAUGUACAUGAUCGCCGGCCUCUGCAUGCUGAAGCUGUACCAGAAGCGGCACCCAGAUAUCAAUGCCAGCGCUUACAGCGCCUAUGCCUGCCUGGCCAUUGUCAUCUUCUUCUCGGUCGUCGGGGUGGUCUUCGGCAAGGGCAACACGGCUUUCUGGAUCGUCUUCUCCGUCAUCCACAUCCUCUCCACUCUGCUGCUGAGCACCCAGCUCUACUACAUGGGCCGCUGGAAACUGGACUCUGGGAUCCCACGCAGGAUCUUGCACGUGCUUUACACAGACUGCAUCCGCCAGUGCAGCGGGCCUAUGUAUGUGGAUCGAAUGGUGCUGCUUGUGAUGGGCAACGUCAUCAACUGGUCUCUGGCUGCUUACGGCCUCAUCAUGCGGCCCAACGACUUUGCCUCCUACCUUCUGGCCAUUGGCAUCUGCAACCUCCUCCUCUACUUCGCCUUUUACAUUAUCAUGAAGCUCCGGAGUGGGGAACGCCUCAAGCUGAUCCCCCUGCUCUGCAUCGUUUGCACUUCCGUCGUCUGGGGCUUUGCCCUCUACUUCUUCUUCCAGGGCCUGAGCACCUGGCAGAAAACGCCGGCCGAGUCCCGCGAGCAUAACCGGGACUGCAUCCUUCUCGACUUCUUUGACGACCAUGACGUCUGGCACUUCCUCUCGUCCAUUGCCAUGUUUGGCUCCUUCCUGGUAUUACUGACUCUGGAUGAUGACCUCGAUUGUGUCCAGCGUGACAAGAUCUAUGUCUUCUAGAGGCCAGGAUUCCCCAGCAAGGGGGGAACGAGGUCUUUCCUGCCUGAUGGCUUGGGACAGGCCUUGCAGAGGCGUCUGGCUGGAGCCAGGAUUUGCAACAGGCCUCUCUACCCGUUCAAAUGCAUCGUGAAGAUGUCACCCUUGGCAGAGCCUGCGGGAGCAACCUAGGCUGACGGUGGGGGGCACACCCUCUUUCAGUAUUUGAGCCUUCACGGUGCUGGGUGCCCCGGGCAACUUUGGGCAGCUUUGAAUGUUGCCUGUCUUGCAUUUCCAAGAGCUCUGGAUGCCAGGCAGGCUCCGGCCGGGUCGCUUGGUCCUGCUGCUGCGCCAGGUUUUCAAGAGAAUCGGUACCUUGUUGGCUGCCAGCCUCUGAGGGUUGGCCUAUGUGCCCACCGACUCCCCUGGGCAUGGCCUGGGUCAAUAGGGAAAGGAUAGGUUUCCCCCCUGCCGCUGCCUCCUCCUCCUCCUCCUUAAAGGGGUGGGGGCUUGUUGUUAGAGGCCAAACUGGGGUCUUGCACUUCCAGCACGGGGCUCGGGAGAGGGCCUGGCAGCAGCUCCUAGGUAAGGGGGCUUGCAGGAGCCUGCCUUGGGGGCCCUCGCCCUGGAAGCUCUGCAUCCGCCCAUUGCCUCACGCACAUUUCUGCCAACCCUGAGUUAAGCACAUCUUCGCCCUCUGCAGCUGAGGCCACGUUGCCUCCUAUUUCUGGACAAAGACUUCUGACCUCCAUGACGCUGCCACAACCGGUGUGAUCUUCCUUCCAAGCGUGGCCUUUCUGAGGGGCGGGUGGUGCUCAGUGGGGCCCCUCUUGCCAACUAGAUGCCACUGCCCUUGCUCUGGGCCACUGCCAUGCCCAGGAGGAAGGGGGCGCCGUUUUCUCUCUGUUCUUAAAGCACACACGGCAUUGGGGAGGGGGCUCCCUUCAGUGCCUAACUAAAUUGGGGUGGCAGGUUGGGCUCUGUCUCCUUGUCUCCCCUUCCGCCUGCCACUGGGUGGGCCUUGGCAGCUGCGUCGCCCCCUGACGGUUUACACUGCACUGCCUGAAGAUGUUUGCUCCUUUUUACUCUUGUUUUCUGCUCAGACCUAGAAUCCGAUCCAGGAGGCCUCUCUCCUCUCAUUGUUCCUUACAAGCUGCCCAAGGUAGCCGUACGAAUAACAGUUAUGGGUGGCCGCUCCGGGCUGCAAGCCAAAGGGCUCCUUCAGUGGCUGGGGGGAGGCCCCCACCCACUGCACUACUGGGGGAAGAGCCCUUUCCCCCCCACAAAAAAAAAUAACAAUGAGAAGGGCCUCCUACAUUCGUCCAUUCCUGGUUAUUGAUUGUGAGUUUGUUUGUUUUUUAACCAUUAUUCGUGUAAGACGUUGCAGAACAAAAUGACCGUUUUCAUUUCUUACGGAUUCUGCUGCCAAAUGCAAAGAAAUAAACAAAAGCCUUGCUUUGC